GUGGAUUGUGUUGUUAUUUCCAAAACAUUCUUAUUUCCGCAAUUUUCGUUCAUUUAUUUGAAGACUGGCAAAAUUCCAAUAAACUAAAGUGAAAUUAUACUAUCUGCAUAUAAAUAUUUUUAUCAGCUAAAUUCUCGUUUCCCUGACCGAUAACGAUGGCUUCACACAGUUAUAGCUACUGCUUUCAACGGGUUCGUAAAAGCCUUUUCCUGCUGUUACGGAGUCGCGACCAUAUAUUGUCCAAUGCAAAGUACUCCACAAACAGUGGGCGCCGUCGUGUGGUGGUAACAGGACUAGGAGUAGUUUCUCCGGUUGGCUGCAAUGUGGAAACGGCUUGGCAAACGAUACUUUCCGGUCAAUCGAAAAUAAGCCGAUUGGUUGGAGAGCAAUACGAUAAGCUUCCGUGCCGGGUAGCCGCCACGAUCGACACGAACCAUAUCGAUUUAGAGAAAUGUUUUUCAAAAACGGAACUAAAAACUAUGGCACGAGCUACCGCGUUUGCACUAAUCGCCGCCAAGGAAUCACUUACAAUGGCAGCCUGGACACCGCCUAUCGACGAUGAAGAAUCCUGCCAGCGCACGGGUGUGGCGAUCGGUAUGGGAAUGGUUGAUCUAAUGGACAUAUGUGAGACCAACGAGGCGCUCAAGAAAGGUUACAACAGAGUCAGUCCGUUUUUCGUUCCACGAAUCUUACCCAACAUGCCGGCCGGUCAACUUAGCAUUCGGUAUGGGUUUCGUGGGCCCAAUCACGCCGUUUCUACCGCUUGUGCAACGGGUGCACACGCAAUCGGUGAUGCGUUUCGCUUCAUUCAGCACGGUGAUGCGGACGUGAUGGUGUGUGGCGGUGCGGAAGCAUGUAUCAGUCCACUUGCUAUUGCUGGUUUCUGCCGGUUGCGGGCCCUCAGUACAGCGUUUAAUGAUGAGCCCAUGGCAUCGUCCAGACCGUUCGACGAGCGACGCGAUGGAUUUGUGAUGGGCGAAGGAUCAGCCAUUUUUGUGCUGGAGGAGUUGGAACAUGCCAAACGUCGGGGAGCUCAAAUUUACGCUGAAAUACUCGGUUACGGAUUGUCUGGAGAUGCAUCGCAUCUAACGGCACCACGGGAAGAUGGUACGGGGGCGCUUCUGGCCAUGCGACGAGCGAUUGCUGAUGCAGGGCAAACCGUUGCGGACAUCGGCUACAUUAAUGCACACGCCACAUCCACCCCGAUCGGGGACGCAAUAGAGGCUCGCUCAAUAAGGACUCUUUUCGGUGACCAUACAGAGUCAGUUGCCGUCUCGUCGACCAAGGGAGCACAUGGCCAUCUGCUGGGUGCAGCAGGUAAUCUGGAAGCGUUGUUCGUUGUGAUGGCUUGCAGACAAGGUGUGCUUCCUCCGACCGUGAAUUUGCAGAAGGUAACAGAUGAUAUGGCCGGUUUACAUUAUGUGGCCAACCGGUCUGAACCAUGGGAAGGCAAUCGUCGUCGAAUCGCGUUGAAGAACUCGUUCGGCUUCGGUGGCACCAAUGCUUGCCUCUGUAUUGGUGAAUAUGGCGAAUAAAAUGUGUCUUAUUGA